AUGGCAGCAGCUCGUCCUGCCAAUGCCAAGCCCCAAGGUGUCCUGGCGAAAGCUGACCUGCAGCUGGGCAUCCGUGCCUUUCUGCAAUGGGACCCCAACCUGAGGGCAAAGAGUGAGCAUGAACUUGAGAACGCUCGUGAAUGUUUGCUUUUCUGCCGGCAAUUUUUUGUCGAAGACAGGACCAGAUCCGUGGCGCUUGCCCAGGCAAUCUUGUUCCUUACAAUCCUGCAGAAUUCAUUGAACUAUCCUGAGGAUGAACUGGUAGAUGUGCCAUGGACCGCUGACUAUUACGACAAGAACGCAGAAAUCCAGGCCUUGCAAGAGAAAGUGAAAGAAUGCGUGGCUUUGAAGUCAAAGGCUGGCCUGGAGAGAAAAAUUGAUGAGGUGGAAAGCGCUGCUUUGUUCAUUGCAAGUGCCAUGGGAGCCAUUGGGUCAGGAAUUCCCCAGGCAGCGCAUUUGCAAGGCUCCGCUGUUUGCCUGGACGACUUGUACGUGCACUUGGAGUUUCGCUUUGCAAAUUUGGAGACUUAG